UCGUAUUAGCGGUCGGAGCACCUCCGCCGUUGGUUCGCGUGAAUAAUGGAACUGCGCUGCAAUUGAGGAGGAUCCUCCACCGUCCUCAAAUUCGGAGACUCGGAUUGAGUCAUGGCGGCCUUAAUGUCCGACCCGUUCGGUCACGGAGCACCUGGAGGGAAGGUCUCCGCGCUCUUCUCCAAGGACACCAAGUCUAUGGAAGCGCUUCAUGGUAACAUGAUCGGAAUCCAGUGGAUGGGCGGCCCACUCUCGUCGGCCGCGCAGUACAUGGACGAGGCGACUGUGGCCGUGUUGUGCGGCUCGCACGUCCGCUUCACGUGCGCCGGCUUCUCACACUCGGAGGUGUUCUCACCGCCGGCUCGAGGCGUGUCGACGCUAGCCACCAACGGCGAGGACCUGUUCGCCGUGUCGGAAGUGUGCUUGCGUCCGGCCAUCAUCGUGUUCGAGUACCCGGAACUCUCCCAGUACAGCAGGCUUGAAGACGGUGCCGAGUUGGAGUACCUGUGCGUCGCCUUCUCACCCUCUUCCGAGCGGCUGGCGGCCUUCUCCGGUGUGCCCGACCACACCAUCUUCCUGUGGGACGUCAGCUCACAAGUUAUGAUCGCCAAACUGCCGAUGGGGUUCGCCCACUCACCACAGCUUUCAUUCUGUGACCUGGACACGCCCCACCUGGCGCUCACCUCGGAGGCGGGCGUGACCAUCAUCCAGAUGGAGCACUUCGGCGCCGAGUGGCGACUGACGCCGCGCACCGCCCACCUGGACCGCGUCAGGUCACACUGCUGGUCCGUCGACGGCGACCUGUUCUGCUCACGGCGCGAGACGGUGCACCAGGUGAAUAUUGACACCAUGGAGGCCUCGGAGCUCACUGUGAAUGAAUGGAUCGCCGGGACCAUCGUCAGCAUCGUAUUGAACGACAGCGGCAUCUUCGCCGCUAUGGACGACGGACGGAUACUGCUGCUGGAGCCGGACGGCGACAACUGGACGGUGCGGGUGGUGGCCGAACUGGAGCUCUCCGUGCUGACGAUGCGGCCGUCCCCCAGCUACAACUUCCUGGCGAUCACGUGCAAAACGGGCGAGGUGCGGCUGCUGUACACGCCGUCACACGACUUCAAGCCGCUGGAAGGGUACGAGGGGGCGGGCUCUCCCGCCGUCGACGUCUGCCUCGUGGCGCCCCAGUUCGACUACGUAGCCUCCAUCCACGAGCCACACGGACUGCACGUGUGGAGAGCGCCCCGCGGCCACCACGAGUCCUCAGUGGAGCUGGUGGGCCGGCUUACCUGCGUGGCCAGCUGCAUAGACGUACCGUGCGUGCUGGUGGGCAACGAGGACAGCUGCCUGGUGGCCGUGGACCUGGUGCUGCCGCUGAACCCGCGCAUCGUCUGGACGGCCCGCGUCUGUGAGGCGGCCGUGACCAGCAUCACCGUGAGCCCGAGCGGCCGCGUGGCCGUGGUGCUCACCGCAGACGGCGGCGCCUACCUGCUGUCGGCGCAGCCGUCGGCCGGGUUCAGCGUGCGCGCCCAGCUUCAGACGGACGGCACGCCCACCGCCGUCGACACCUUCCAGCGGAUGAGCGAAAAUGGACCCGAGGACAUGCUAGCCCUGCUGGUCACCUCAGCCGCAGAGCUGCUCAGUUUCGUGCGCUUGGUGAUCGUGCGCGACCUGGAGGUGGUCGGCUCGGUCACCUACGGCCUGAACACGGUGUGCGCCGGCCUCGCGAUGCACAGCGCCGCCUCUGUCGUCUACACCAUGGCCGUCCAAGACCGCUCGCUCUGCUGCUUCACUCUCCGGGAGCCGGACCAGCUGAUGGAGGAGCAGGUGUCGGACCUGAUCUGGAAGCCGGACGCGUCGGCGCCCAGCGAGCACGAGCUGCGCCGGGUGCUGGUGCGCACCGUUGGCCGCUUCGUGCUGACGGCAGCCGACGACGGCAUGGUGCGCGGCCGACCCGACGACCUCAACAACAAGGAGAAGGGCCCGCUGGGCGACCGACACUCGCGGCAGACCCAUCAGGCCAGCUCUGGCGGCGUCCGCUCGUUUGAGGUGCAGCCGAGUGGCAAGGAGGCGGCGCUCGUGGGCUUCGACGGCACCCUGAUGCGCAUCUCCCUGCCGUACAACCAGUCGGGCUCGGGCCGGCGGCGCCGCUCCACCUACUUCGAGAACCCGGUGGUGCCCGAGGCGCGCUACGUGGCCGCCAUGCGCCCGCUGACGCAGAUCGAUCUGAUGACUAUGCCGCCCACCUGGCGAGAGCUGACGGCUGAGCAGGCCUGGCGUCGACGGGAGUCGGAGCUGGUGGCCAUCCGCGAGCGUAUCAGAGAGGGCGUGCAGACGCUCCGCACUAAGGUGAAGCACAUGCUGGACGCCAACGCCGAGAUGGAGGAGAUGGACCGGCUGCCAGAGAACGAGUUCGAGCUGGACCUGGACGAGCAGACGCGCCUGACAGAGGCCAGCCAGGCCAGGGUGGAGGAGGCCCGAUCUUCGAUAAUAGACCAGAAUGCUCGCAACAUGUAUGUCAGGGACCAGAUCAAGAAGCAGUGCUGGGACGCCAUGGACGUCAAGGGCAAAUCGGUGCAGGCUGAUUGCUGUGUGGGCCCAGACGAGGAGGCCUGA